AUGUUUUCCCUUGUGAGAACCAUUCAAUUGGCUUCGUUGCUCGCCAUUCCAGCAGCUUGCCAUCCUAGCCAUGGCCACCACUCCAGUAACUCUAGUUAUAUCAAAAGUCUUCCAAAGUAUGCUCAGAGUCUAAUGACGGAGUCGAUGGAUUGGCUAGAUGGGUAUUAUGAUCCUUCGGCGGGGUAUUUGUUUGAUAUCGGUUCUGCUUCCGCGUUGCGACAUGAGACGAGGAGUUCUGCCUGGUAUGCAGUUGGACUCCUGGCGAGAAAUGAGGGAAAGGACGUUGAGUAUGCGAUGGAUAUUAUCACCAAUGUCAUUGCUGGGCAAUUCAAGGAUCCAAAAGAUCAAUGGUACGGAAAUUAUCAGCAAGAGCCAGAAGAGCCAACAGUUGGGACAUCGGUCUACCCUGCGAAAAUCUACAAUUCGUGGGAUCCAAAUUGGAGAGGCUUUAUUAGCACUGCGUUCAUCGUUGGACUUGAGGAAUUCGGUCACCUGAUAACUCCAAAUGUGACGACUUUGCUCCUGGAGUCUCUUUACAAUGCUACGAAGGGUGACGAGUACCGAGUUGGUGGGGUUGAUUCCGAUAAUCUUUACCCGGCUUACACCAACCCAUCUAUCAUGCGUGCCUUCGCAGCUGGAUGGACAGGUCGUCGCCUCAAUGAAUCCAACAUGACCAUUUCCGGCGAGAACUACGCCAACGAGAUCCUCGACCUGUUUAACCGCGCCGACACACUGUCCGAGUUCAACAGUGGAACUUACACUGGAGUCUCACUCUGGGCUCUUAGUUUGUGGGCAAAGUACCUCCCAGAUGACUCCGUCAUGAAGCAAAAUGGUGCUCGCAUGAUGAAGAAGACUUGGGAAGCUGUCGGUGAGCUGUGGCAUCCGGAUUUGAAGAACAUCGCUGGACCUUGGGAUCGUUCGUAUGGAUUCGACAUGAACAGAUAUUUGAGUUUAAUGGCUUUGCAUUUCUGGAGCAUUAUCGGCAAGGAAAAUUCAUCUUUGAUUGAAAAGGUUCCUACCCUUUCCCACGUUGCUGAUUUCGGUUGGGGACCCCUCUUCGCCAUUCUGGCCGAGUUUCAAAACUCCAUCAUCCCUGAGGACGUCGUUGAGAGACUCACCAAGUUCAGCGGCGAGCACACCUUUACCUCUUCAGCUUUCUCGCCUCCUUUCGAUAUCUACCCAAGAAAUAUCACUUCUUGGUUAGCACCCAAUAUCAGUAUCGGAGCCGAGACGUUCAAUGAAACUGUUAUUGGUGGACCAGCUAUCAACCCUAAUACCUUCAACCCCGCAGUUAUCCAGUGGAACACUGGCAGUGAGAUUGGAUUCAUCAAUCUCCGAGCCACCGAGUCCUAUGUCACAGCUGUAGCCACACCCUACACCUUGAAUAUCACCUACCCACUCGGAAACGCAUCUUCAGUAUUCUCAUUCGUGGUCUCGGCUUUUAAGGAGAAGACAGAUGUUUCGACUUGGGAGGAUGUUCAAGGUCUCUCUGUCCAUGUCUCCGGGAAUGUUAAUUCCACUUAUGCUGUUGGAUGGGCUGGAAGUUACGGUGGUGCUUAUAAGCCAGUCAAUGAUUUUGAAUUCUGGAACUUCACAUACACCAUGCCAGUGGGAUUCGAGGGUGUACCCAGCUUGUUGCUUGAGCUUGAGUUCAAGUGA